CCAAAGACUCCUAUCGUCUUCUUCGUCUUCCUCCCCACAACAACUGCUUCAGAGAAUCGAACAGCUUAAGAGCAGUUUCGUAGUUACAAGUAACCAAGUUUACAUGGUUGAGCUAGACAUCCAGAUUCCAUCAGCAUACGAUCCUUUCGCAGAGGCCAUAGAUUCAGAUGCACCAGGAACAAAAGAGAACAUCCACAUCCGAAUCCAGCAGAGGAAUGGCAAAAAGAGCUUGACCACUGUUCAAGGGCUUAAGAAAGAGUACUCCUACGAGAGGAUCCUCAAGGAUCUGAAGAAAGACUUUUGCUGCAACGGGAACGUUGUGCAGGACAAGGAGCUAGGCAAGAUCAUUCAGCUCCAAGGUGAUCAGAGGAAGAAAGUUUCUCAGUUCUUGGUCCAGUCUGGCCUUGCUAAGAAGGAUCAGAUCAAGAUCCACGGUUUCUAAACCAUCAUCGAUAUCGUUUGACUUAAUAUCUAUCUAUUUAUGCGAAUAAAUUGUCGUGGUGUUUGUUGCUUCUCUUCUUUAAAGAUUUGGUUGAAUGUGUUGGGAUAAUUUGACAUUUUGCAAUGAUAAGUGUUUCGAUUGGUCUAUUUC